AUGUCUAAUAAAGAGAUCAAGCACAUACUCAAGAAGAUUGUUAAACCUCAUAAAAGAUAUUGGAGCUCUAGGCUUGGAGAUGCGCUAUGGGCUUAUCGAAUAGUUUACAAGACACCAAUCGACAUGAGCCCAUUCCCCCUAGUCUACGGAAAGGCUUGUCACCUUCCGGUAGAGGUGGAACACAAGGCUUAUUGGAAUGUGAAGGAAUGUAAAUCAGGAUUCGGAAGAGAUGGAGUCGAAAGGAAAAUGCAACUAGAAGAAUUGGAGUGCAUUCGGCUAGAAACUUAUGAAAACUCAAGGAUCUACAAAGAAAAGGUGAAGGCGGUACAUGAUCAGAACAUCAAGAGAAGAGAGUUUAGAGCUGGGGAUCAAGUCCUUCUCUACAACUCAAGGUUGAGAUUAAUGCCGGGCAAACUGAGGUCAAGAUGGGAUGGACCCUACAUGGUGGAGAAGGUUGAACCGUAUGGAGUUGUCAACCUAAGUCGCCCCUCAAGCCCUACCUUCUUCAGAGUUAAUGGAAACCGUUUAAACCAUUAUCAUGGUGCAAAAGUAAAGAACAAUAAGGAGCUGGAGAUCUUCCUCUUGAAGGACCCAGCCAAGGACGAGGACUGA